AGCACGUGUGUCUCUGCGCCGGAUUCCUGGAUUACCCCUGACCCUGAUGAAUUUUUCAGGCCGGGUCUCUGUUCGGGCGUAAGGAUGAAGGCAAGAAGAAAUAAAAAACAGCUCCCAAGCUUUCGAAAGUUGCUAAAAACUAGUAAAGUCAAACUUGAAAACAAGCUAAAAAAUAAGCAAUUUAAGCAACAAAGCACUCUCAAGAAGUACCGAAAAGAACAGAGGAAACUAAGGCAAGCUGUAAAAGAUGCUGUGUCUAAGAAACCAAUUCCACUGGAGGACCCAAAGGAUAAACAACGAGGUAAAAGGAUUGAGAGGAAAGAGGAAGAAGAAGAGGAAGCCCUGCCAUUAGAUAUGAUGGAUGAAGAUGACUUACAGUUAAUGAAGGAUUUAGGACAGAGAGCAUCUUUUCUAACAAGAGAUCUUUCUUCUAGUGAACCUGUUCACACCAAGAAACGAAAGCAUGAGCGCAUUAUAGAUAAAUAUGAAAAAAUACCAAGAACUCUGCAGACCACACCAGAGAAGGAACUGAUUCAUUUGCUUCCUAUCAAAGAUAAAAGUGGUAUAAUCCCACAGACCAGGGAGAAGCCAGGUGAAUCUAUUAAAAAAUUGAAAGAAUUACGUUCCAUGCUGAUGGAACAGGAUCCUGAUGUAGCUGUUACUGUUCGAAAGCUGGUGAUAGUUUCUCUGAUGGAAUUAUUUAAAGACAUUACUCCUUCAUAUAAAAUCCGACCCCUCACAGAAGCAGAAAAAUCUGCCAAGAUGCGCAAAGAAACCCAAAAGUUGAGAGAGUUUGAAGAAGGUCUGGUUAGCCAAUACAAAUUUUAUUUGGAAAAUCUGGAGCAAAUGGUUAAAGAUUGGAAACAAAGGAAGCUGAAGAAAAGUAAUGUAGUUUCCUUGAAGGCAUACAAAGGACUGGCAGAAGUGGCUGUGAAGAGCCUGUGUGAGCUAUUGGUGGCACUACCUCAUUUUAACUUUCACAACAACAUCAUUGUUUUGAUUGUCCCUCUCAUGAAUGACAUGUCGAAAUUGAUGUUAAAAACAUUUUUGUGCCUAAGAAUCAAGGAAGUAGAAGUGAAAAAAGAUACAGAGGACAUUAAUAAGCCAAAAAAGUUCAUGACUUUCAAGGAAAAGAGAAAAACUCUAUCAAGAAUGCAGAGAAAGUGGAAGAAAGCAGAAGAGAAACUAGAACGAGAGCUUCGGGAGGCAGAAGCUUCAGAGAGUACUGAGAAGAAACUUAAACUUCAUACAGAGACUCUGAAUAUUGUGUUUGUAACCUACUUCAGAAUAUUGAAGAAGGCCCAGAGGUCACCUCUCCUGCCAGCAGUUCUGGAAGGUCUUGCCAAGUUUGCUCACCUUAUAAAUGUGGAGUUUUUUGAUGAUUUAUUAGUAGUUCUUCAUACUCUCAUUGAGUCUGGAGACCUAAGCUAUCAAGAAAGUCUUCACUGUGUCCAGACUGCUUUUCAUAUACUUUCUGGACAAGGUGAUGUUCUGAAUAUUGAUCCAAUGAAAUUCUAUACACAUCUCUACAAAACACUGUUCAAGUUACAUGCAGGUGCUACCAAUGAAGGUGUCGAGACUGUACUCCAGUGCCUUGAGGUCAUGCUGACUAAGCGCAGAAAGCAAGUUUCUCAGCAGCGAGCCCUCGCCUUCAUCAAGCGCCUUUGUACCCUUGCUCUUCAUGUUCUUCCAAAUUCAAGUAUUGGCAUUUUAGCAACUACCAGAAUAUUAAUGCAUACUUUCCCAAAAACAGAUUUGUUACUUGACAAUGAAUCUCAGGGAAGUGGAGUUUUCCUCCCUGAGCUGGAUGAACCCGAGUACUGUAAUGCUCAGAACACGGCGCUGUGGGAGUUGCAUGCACUGCGGAGACAUUAUCAUCCUGUAGUGCAGAGAUUUGCAUCUCACCUGAUCGCUGGAGCACCUUCUGAAGGCUCUGAGGCACUCAAACCGGAGUUGAGCCGAAGAUCUGCUGCUGAACUUUUUGAGGCCUAUAGCAUGGCAGCAAUGACGUUCAAUCCUCCUGUUGAAUCUUCAAACUCCAAAAUGAAGAGUAAAGUGUUACAAGGGGAUUCAUUUUUGGAUGAAGAUUUAAAUCAACUAAUCAACAGACAUUGCAAUGAGGCUGUUACUCAGUCACCCCUGGAUUUUACCAAAUAUUUGGAAACAUCACUACAGUAGAAGAAUGAAGAGUCAGUGGACUUUCUUGUAUAUAUGUAUGUGUGCAGAUUCACAUAAAGAUGAGUUGUUAACUUAAGACCUUUUCUUUUUAUACAAGGAAAACUUCUUAAGAAUGAUUAGGAAGGGAAGGAAGAAUUACCCCUUUAUAUGGCACAGGGUUCUGCCCCAAUUCUGAAAAUGUCAUUUUGUUAAGGAGAUUGAAAGCCAUUUUCCCCCCAAUAUUUGGAAAUUUCUUUCAUUAAGAUGCUGACUUUUUAAAACUUCAUGUACAUACUAAGUUAUAGUUUAAAAAACAAAAUCUUUGGACUGAAUCUUACUGAAAUGUAGUUGCUAUAUUAAAAUUAGGGCAUAGAGCACAGAAAAAUCAAGACCGUGAAAAUACUUUUUACCAUUUACCUACUCUUUUAAACUAAAUACUCUUUAAAACUAAAUAGAUAAUUAUUUUUAUUCCAACACUACAGAUGGAAAUAAGAAACAUUCUAAAUUUGAGUGAAUAUAUUUUUAUGAAGAUUUUUGAGAAAAAAAGUAGCUUGAAAUUGGACUCAAGUUUAUUGGCUCUUGCUGAUAUGACUCAAGAAGUAAGCUAAUUACGCCUUUUUAAAAAGGAAUGAGUGUUUACUAUGGCUACUUUCAAAGAAAGUUUGAAAGUGAUUCUAGUCUAUUUGAAGUUCUUUGCAUUUUCUCACAUGCCCCGGAGGGUAAUGGGGGAAGAAUUGCUCCAGGGCAGAAGAACCAAGUCCAAGACUUUACCAUUCUGUUCUAGGGAUAAAGAGUACCAAGCGAGGGGCUCCCCUCUGCCCCCAACAGGUAAAAUGUGCUUUUUUUUUAUAAUUAUAAAGCAAUAUUUUAUGUAAUAGCUAUUCCCAUAUUCUAUGAAUGGCCUAAGAAAUGCAUGUUUCAGUGACCAGGUUAUAAAUAUUCUCUACUGUGAAUAGUUGAAUAAAACAGCUGUUUUCUCUGC